AUCGCCUUGGCGCACCAACAUCAACCCGCGAUAGAGAGACGACAGAAACAUGUCUGCCGUCUCCAAAAAUCAGGGCUUGAAGCUCAAACUUGAUGGCUUUUAUUUGUCUGCCUCCACAGAAAAAGGCAAAGUCUCUCCCGUGGUAAAUAUGGAGUUCUCAAAUGGAUAUCGUCGCAUCGAAUAAUCUCAGCGUCGUCAGCCAAGACUCGGGACCGAAGGCCCCGCACAAAUUCAAGGUUGGUACGGGCGAUCGAUUCUUCAAGCCCGAGAUGGAUACCGGAAGCGGUGCGUUCCUGGCUUUGUCUGGUUUGGUUGGGCUAAAUUUGUCAAUGUGCUCUUCGGAGUAUUGGGUGCAUAUUCCCCAUCUCACCGCUGCAGGCCGCGUGUCCCAUACCGUGGAAGUGCAGAGGGCCCGGCCUGCGUUAUUCUCCAUGAGGACGCGUUCUGUAACACUGCAACAGCCGCCAACGCCUCUUCGGAGUGUAAUCUACGAACUCAAGCCAGGGCUGGCGAGUGCCGCUCUCCCGUGCCUGGCCUGGCCUAGCCUGACCUGCCCUGAGUCCCUGACCUGUAUCCAGCCCCAGAGCGAGGGACGAAAGAAAGAAAGAUGUGAGCUGUCAGUCUGCGGUGUCUCUCUCCCGGCGAUAAGAUGGAAGCAACGGGAGGAGAGUUGUAUCGGGAGGAGAAGUCGAGAAGCUGAAGCUGGCAUUGGUAGUUUAA